AUGCGUACUGUAGAUAAGAACAGUAGUGGGCUGAAUGCCAAGUCUAAAGUGUUUGAAAUCAUGGCUUGUGAAGACCCCGAUGCAAUUGAGACCUAUUUUUCAAAAAAGGAACAUCUUUUUCCUCAUCUUGAAGGUGAUAAAAUUCCAACAGAACAGUUUCUCAGCGCUUGCCACGGUAUCGCCGAAUUUGUAGGUUUUCUGGGAACAGCUUUUUCUCCUGUUAGGAGUGACAUACAAGGAAAUGUAGAUAAGGUGAGACAUCGCUUUGAGAAAAACAAAGAAUCACAAGUAUACCUUCAACAGCUAAUUGAUAGCGAUUUAGCUGAGAAUGGCGGUAAAUUGGGAAUUGCUACAGAAGGUCUGUUGUGGCUGAAGAGAGGUUUGGAAUUCAUGCUACAAUUGCUCACUCUCAUGGUCACUGAGUACAAGAUGUUUGAAGACAAGUCUAGAACAGAGAGCUUAAGCAACGCCAUUAACAAAGCCUACAUUACAACCCUCAAACGACAUCACGGGUUUGUUUCCAAAAAUUUGUUCAAGAUUGUAAUUCAUGCUGCUCCAUAUCGCAAAACGAUUUUGAAAGCUGUAGCUCUAGGAAGAGAGAACCUUGAUGAUGUGUGCAUCGGCCAUAUUGAGUCACAUUUAGAUAACUUCCGACUCAACGUAGAUGCUCUCGUAAGCUACUACCUGGAGAAGAAGUUAGAGACUCCUCAAUAA